UAGUUGAUGUGAAAUGGUCGAAUUUGUUAGUAAUGUAAACAACUAAGUUAAUGUUUUUAAGUGUUGUGAUUAAAAUAAAAUAAAAACAACCUUUUCCGAUUAAAUGUAAUUCCAACAUAAUUAUUUUAUUAUUGAGAACGCAUAUAAAGGAGCAACUCCAAAAUGCCUGUUGAUUUACAUUACGCCAAGUGCAUGGAUGAAUUGAAUAAGCAGGCUACUACGCCUGCUUUUCAAAGCAUGUACAAGUCUAAACCAGCAGGUUUGUACAAACUGGCGAAGCAAAUGUAUCACCAGAUCAAUCAAAGCAGGGAAGAUAACGAAUUGGCCUACAUCUACUCAUUCCGUUUUUUGAAACUACUUGAAGUCAUUUAUCGUCGUGACACCGACAAGCAUUUCGUGCAGCUCCAAUUUGACUCCAUGCGAAAGGAAGUUGGCGAACUAUACACAGAACUUCAAAAAUCUCUUCAAAGACGUUAUGAUCAAUUGGCUCAGAAAAAAUUAAGUGAAGUACCUGAAGAACCAACCACAACAAUUAAAGUCGAUGAUAAAAGUGUUUCUAAUAUAUUUGGUGAUGAUAUUUUUAUUUCAUCUCAACAAUUGUAUCAAGAGUUGCCUAAUGUUGCUGAAAAUAUGUUAAUUAUUGAUAUUAGAUCUUCGACGCAUUUCAAUGAAUCAAAAUUAAAUGGAAAUUAUCAUUUAAUUAAUAUUGAUAAUAAUCUUAUUGAAAGAGGAUUGUCCGCUUUUAAAUUAGAAGAAAAGUUGGAUAAAGUAACGAAAGAUAAAUUUGCAAAACGUGAUGAAUACAUCUACAUUUUGUUAUUGGACAACGACACGGUGAAAGAAAGCUUCCAAACAUCCAAGUUAAAAAUUCUAAACGAUAUAUUAACACUUUGGGAUGUUAACAAAAAUUACAAUCAUGCUCCAUAUGUACUUAACGGCGGAUACGUCGAUUUUGUUGAUAUGUACCCGACACACAGUACAAAUCCGCAUGUUGUUUGUACUGAUCGUUAUGGCGAUUUGGAUGAUAUCUUGAAUUUGGAUGCGAUUAAUUAUCCUCCAAUGGAACGUUUUGGUCACACGUCAAUCGUAAGUGUGACUCCUAAGGAUAUAUUAGAAAACAUGUUCUUAGAGCUUCUUAAAUUAUGCCAAAUAAUUGAGACAACCGAAAAAGAAUUGUUACAAUUUGAAGAAAAUCUUUUAAUAAUGAUGCAAAGUUCGGAAUAUUCUUCAUCUGAAAAGGAACGACUGGAAUACAGUAGAGCAUCUUGUGAUUUGCAACGACGUGCUCAUUACGAAAGAAAAGAUGAAAUGAAGAAAGUAAUGAUAAAAGAAGUGAAAACGCAUAAGUUGAAUGAAUCUGAUUAUUUUAAUCGCCCGGAGCUGUUACAUCUUGAAAGAAGCAUUGUUGAUGUAUCUAGAAAGCGGCGUAAAGUAGCCGAAGAAUUAAAGAAGUACGAAUUGGAAGAAGGUGAGAAAGAAAAAGAGGAGGAAAAGAAACCACAACCGAUAGUAGGCGAUUCCUCGCAUAAUAAACCAGUGCCUUCUGAAGAAAUUGUAAAAAGACCACCACCGCCAGAAUUGGUAAAACUCAUUCCACCAAAAGUAAACCGCGCUACAAAACCUCUUAAACCUAUUUCUUCUGACAGAGGUUUAAACGGAUUAGUUAACAUAAAAAAUAGUUGUUACAUGAAUUCCAUUAUCCAAUGUUUGCGUCAUAUUCCAUAUUUAAGAUACUAUUGUAUAAGUGGUGAAUACAGAAACGAAAUAACCACUAAACACCCAAAACUAAUCUUGGAAUUUAGCGAUCUUAUUAAACAAAUGUGGAUGGGUCAUAGUAGCGCGGUUAGACCGACCACUUUCUACAAUGCCAUAACUCGUUUGUACCCAGAUUUUCGCAGAGGCAAUCACGAAGAUGCUAACGAGUUUUUCAUGAUUGUGUUUAGUUAUUUGAGCGAUGAUGUAGCCCGUGAUAUUCCGGAGAUGGCGCGAUAUUUGCCUGCAGAUCGUACGUCGUUUUAUCGACUUACACAGCAAAAGGAAUCAUUCUUUAUUAAUAAUUUUUACCAUCAAAUUCGUAUGGACACCGAGUGUCAGAAAUGUUUAAAACGCGAAAUGCGAUUUGAGACUGAAAAUGUGCUCAUUCUUGAUAUGCCUUUGAGAGGUAAUACUUCUUUGGAAAAAUUGGUGCAUGUUUUUAUGACAACUUGUGAUGUUAAUACAUUGUUUUGUAAUGAUUGUGAGAAACCGUCUGCGUUUGAUCGAAAAGUAACUUAUCUACCUAGGAUUUUAACGAUUUUAUUGAAACGUUACACUGCAAAUCGAGAUGGGGUGUACGUGAAGAAAACUACAAGUUGUUCCUAUCCCUUGGAUGGAUUAAUAUUUGGAAAAGCUAGAUAUAAACUUUGGGGUUUAUGUUUGCAUCAAGGCUCUUUAUCGUCUGGUCAUUACACCGCUGCUUGCCAAAAUAUUCUUGAUAACAGGUGGUAUGAGCUUAAUGACGAAAUGGUUCGUCCUAUCGAUUUGACUCCGACUACUUACGAAAAGGAGGUGUAUUUACUAUUCUAUCAGCUUGUUGAUGAGAAAAUGGUUGGGUUCUUGUGAAAAACUUGUGAUAUCGCAGAUUGACUAUUUUUAUACAUUUGUUACUACGUUACCUAGUCACAAUAAGCAAUGUUUAUUCCGCUGUUGUAAAUCGAUAUUUGUUUACUCCCACGCAUUUAAAGUAUUAUUCCCCAUAAAUUAUUAUUAGUUUAAUAUAAAUUUACUAAAUAAAACGAAAAAUGCAAAUUAA